AUGUAUCCGGACAAAGUUCACACCAAACUGCGUGGGGAGGUAGGCACUUCAGAAGGGAAAGCCACCCUGCAGGAAGACCUGGACAGGCUGGAAGAGUGGACUACUAAGAACCUUAUGAAGUCCAACAAGGACAAGUCAAAAAGCCGCCGUGGGCGGUGGGGAGAGGGCCGGGGCGGGCGUGGGGGAGCCGUGAGGGGACCCCCGCCGGUUGCGGGGCGGAGCGGAGCGGCGGGGCAGGCGGCAGCGGGCGGGCGGCCGGGUCACUGCGGAGCCGGCGGCCGCACCGGGCGGACCGCCGCCGGUACCGGGGGUCUGCUGCUGCCGCUGAGCGAGACCGAGCAGCAGCGUUACUCCGAGCUCUUCUCGCGGUGCUGCCCGCCCCCCGAGGCGGCCGCCGGGGGCAGCAGCGUGGGCGAGCUGUUCCGGGCCUCACAGCUGCCCCCGGACACGCUGCACCAGAUUACAGAAGUUUGUGGAGCCAAGCGCGUGGGUUAUUUUGGUCCCGCUCAGUUUUACAUUGCUUUGAAGUUAAUUGCGGCAGCGCAGUCAGGGUUCCCGGUACGGAUUGAGAGCAUUAAGAAUGAAUUGCCUCUGCCACGGUUUAUGGCGCUGAAAAAUGACAGUGAAGUACGUUACGGGACUCCAGCAGAACUCCAUGGAGCUAAAUUUCAGGUUCCACAUGCAACUUUGGAAAAAAAUUCCUACAAAAGAACAGACGAAGGGGACAAACAGGAACCCAAGUCUCCACCAAUGUCUCCAAUCUGCUCACCUCCUGCUUCUCCCUCUAUGUACCAGAGAAUACCUUUAAGUUAUGGAUAUGGUAAAUCAAGAAGUGGGCUGGAGCAGCAGCAUGGAGCUCCUUAUGAAGUCAGACACUCUACUCACCAGCAAGAUGGACCAUCAUCAGGGAAUUAUGGAGCCAAACCUGCACUCAGCUCUUCCACUCUUAAUCGGUCUCUUUCAGUGGAGCGGGAGCAGCCGGAGAGCAGUGCCCACUACUCGGAUGACCCUUGGAGGAUAACGGAGGAGCAGCGAGACUACUACAUCAACCAGUUCAGGUCCCUGCAGCCCGACCUGAACUCCUUCAUUUCAGGUUCUGUGGCAAAGAAUUUCUUCACAAAAUCAAAGCUGCCCAUCCCAGAGCUUUCUCACAUCUGGGAGCUGAGCGACGUGGAUUGCGACGGGGCGCUGACGCUCCCGGAGUUUUGUGCCGCUUUCCACCUGGUGGUUGCCAGGAAGAAUGGUUACCAGCUGCCGGAGAAGCUACCGGAGACGCUGCUGCCCGAGUACCUUCAAGCAGCUUCUCUGAAGCCCAUCCGUGACUGCACGCUAUUUGAUUCCUAUUCUGAGCCGUUGCCAGGGGGUCAGCAGGCUCGGGACUUCGGUCGGACGGAGAAGGCAUCAGCUGAAGAGGUACCUGAUAACACUGCCCUGUUACAAGAUGCAAAGAAAGAAGACAAACAAGCUCUUAAAGGAAGCACUGCUCUCAAAACAAUACCAAAGGAAUUUCAGCACUUGACUGUGAAAACAGCUGCUCAGGAAUCUAAUGCACUUAAAGCCAGACCACGAUCCAGGUCUUACUCUAGCACAUCGAUAGAAGAUGCUAUGAAAAAGGGAGAAGAGCCCCCUACGCCACCUCCAAGGCCACAGAAAUCACAUUCCAGAGCUUCCUCUUUGGAUCUGAACAAAAUAUUUCAGCAAAACACACAAGCUGUGAGAUCUGGCUGGCUGCCCCCACCACCACCUGCACUGCCCCCUCGACCUUCUGUGUCUCAGACAGAGCAAGUAUCUGAGGUUGAAUUACAUCCUCAGAUGAAUAGACCCCCGUCGCAGGCAGAAGAAAACAGUUCAGCAAAAAAGGAGGUUGUUCUUGCUCAGCCACCCUCCAAACCUGCCCGCAGGAAGCUCCGGACGGAGACGCAGGGGCUGGAGACCCCCGAGCUUUCUCCCACCAUAAAUGUGACUUCUUCCCUGCCAGCAGUCAAGCCUCACCUCCCAGUCCAAAAACAGUCUUCCAAGCAGAAAAGGGCUAUUCAGACUGCUAUACGAAAAAACAAAGAAGCCAAUGCUGUGCUCGCCAGGUUGAACAGUGAGCUCCAGCAGCAGCUGAAGGAGGUUCACAAGGAGCGCAUUGCCUUGGAAACGCAGCUGGAGCAGCUACGUCCCGUCACCGUCUUGUGACCUCCCUGCAGAGCCAGUGUCCCGACAGCCUCACCGAGGAGAGGAGGGCAGCGUGGCUGGGCAGGGGGUCUGCUGAGGGUGGUGGCAGUGGGGUGGACCACCUUGUCGGGUCUCCCUUCACCCUGCUGCACGCCUUUGCCUUGGCAGGUAAAGCAGGUACAGAAAACAGAUAUCUGACUGCAGAGGGAUGCUUCGCCUUCUGUCCUCCCUCUUCCCAGCCCAACGUGUAAAUGCAGUUUAUCGCUGGAAUGAAUAACCUGAGAGUAUUUUAUUUAUAUAAAGAAUUCCUGAUUUAUAUGCCUUCUGGCAGCACCUCCUGCCCCGGUCAUUAAGAGGUACAGCAUUCCUGAAUUCUUGCUUAAAUUUAAAACUCAUACUCUGAGAUGGGCUUCUGGCUGUUACUGAUUCCUGUAGGGUUGUACCAUGGUAGAGUACCUGGGGGUUUAACGUGCUACAAGAAUAAAACUCACUAGACAUACAGAGUCUUUAUCCGCAAUCACGUCAGAUAAUUAUUUUCUUAGCACUGUUUAUUAUGCAAUCACGGAUGUAUUUUAAUGUUAGAGAGCUUGUAUUUUGUAAGUUCAAAUCGUGUGAGAGAACAGUAAAAAAUACUAAAAUUUAAUUAUUUUGGAAGUUACAAAAAAAUAUGGUUUUUGAGCUGUAACUGCUUCCUAUCACCAGUGUUUGAUCACUUGCUUGCAAUUGCCGGUAUCUCUGCAUACUUGUAGCAUGUUUGAGAUCACUGGUUUAUAGCUUUUUUUUUUCUUCUUCUUUUUUUUCUUUUUUAUUUUUAACCAACAGUGUAUUUCUAACAAGAGGUUAAAAACGCCUUUGGGGCAUUUUUAUAAAAUCUGUUCUAUGUACAUUUGUAUUAGCCUGCUUUGUUUUCUUAAUAGCUGUUGAUUUGUUUCAAGGUUGUGUACAAGAAUUGUAUUUCCAGAAGAAGAAAGACAGCAAAAGUGCUAUAUAUGAGGUUAUAAAAAUGUGUGAUGGAAAUAAUUGCUUUCUACAUCAGGCUUUCUUUAAGGUUCCUUCACACCUCACUGGAGAUGCUACUGAUAGGAUGAAGCUGCUAAUACCCAUCUGCUUUCUAAAUGAAGAAACAAAGAUUAAUUUUUUUACCAGGGUGUGAUCUAGGGCCAACUGAAUUCAGAGGGAAUUUCCCCGUGGAUGCGGUGGUCCUUGGUUCCAGUCUGCGUUCUCACAAGGGAAGCUGGCAAACUAAUGUUGCUUUAUUUCUUGGGGGACUCCAGGCGUAGCGGCGUCAGCCCUGCUCCCUCCAUGGACAUGAUGUGUGCUUUUGCUGCAAGGGAAUGUCUCCUCCCUGUUAUCCAUCUUAAACGUGACGCUGCAUGUGUUUCAUGCCCUGUUGUUCGCUGACCUAAUUUAAGCGUACGCAUUUGCUUUGCGGAAACGAUGCGGCAGUUUUUUACCGUUGUUGGUGUGGUGCUUUCUCCCUGUAGCUAUAGGGUGGCCCCAGGGCUGAGAGGAAGGAGAAGAAGGGUUUGAAGCAGCUGGGUAGCCUUCCUUCAGGGUCUGUCGUGGAGUAGCUGCAGUGGGGUAUCAGUGGGACACUGGAGAAGCCAAAAAAAGCUUUUUGAGAGAUAAGGCAGACAUCAACGGGAAUGUUUGGAGUGAUGAGGAAACGGCCUGCUUUUGCUGAAGGGGAUGUGGAUGUGGGACAUGGAUCCAGAAGCCUGAACAUGAAAGCAAGCAUUUGCAGAAUCGUUACUGAAAGUCUGCUUUGGUGACACAUUGGUUUCGAUUCAACUAAACACCACUAUGUCAACAAGCAUCAACCAUUUCUCUGCAUUUGGGACUUCUUUUGUGCGACUGUUCAUAGCUGGGGUCAGAGGGUCACUCCUGGUCAGUGACAAAAUGCGAGAACUGCAAACUUUUCUGGGAAGCUGCAAAGCAGCUACUGCCCUCUUGCUAGUGGCGGUGCUGUUUAGAAGUUACCGUUGUUUAUUUCAUAAUACUGAGUCAUUCCUGAGAUUAAGUACUUUUUCUUUCUUUGCUUUUUAGUUCUUGCAUUGUCAUUUGGUUAAUAAACCCCUACAGGUUAAUAGAAAAUAAUUAUGUGGCACCUUUGUUUUUUAUCUUUGUGGGUUACUUUUAAGGAAAGCUUUUUAAUGAUUACAAAAACAUGUGCACAUUGCAUUUUUAAGGCAGUGGAUGGCUUUCUCAUGUUUGAUAGGAGCUUCUUCUACAGUAAUCCCCCAUUUAUUUAACUUGGUUUAUUCAUGGAAUAGGUGUUGCUCAGAGGAAGAGUGGAAGUCUGGUUUAUAUGUCUUUUUCAGAUGUCUUCCUUCUAACGUACAGAGUUUUUUUUCAUUCACUGGAAAUUAGGAUACUUGGUUAGUUGACAACGAGAUAUUUACUCAGUUGUUAACCUAGCACAGGACUAAUAAAUUUAAAAUUUAACCAUCCUUGCAUUUUUAGGGAUGCAAUCAUAUGCCCCACUCAGCAUCAAGAUGUAGAGUGUGACUUGAUUUGUAUUCGGUUUGAUGAAAUUUUGGCUGUGAUACACUACUUCAUAAGAGAGUAAAGUGAAAUAUUCAAGGAGAAAUGUUGGCGUGUUUUACAUACGAUGCAGGAAGUUAUUCUUCUGAAUGGCUCAGUACUUAAGCAUUCAUGAUAGCCCAUGCAAAAUGAAGACGUGUCUCUGGUUUUGGGGGAUUGCUAGCAUUUUGAGAGGGAGAGGAGAAGGCAUCAUGAAGCUGUAAGACAGUGCUUCGGCAUUUGCUCCAUGCAGCUACACUCAAGGCUACUAUUAACAGGUCUUGGCUGGUCAAAUUUCACAUCUAAGUCCAGUAUCACAGAUUUUCUCAAAAAAUAUUUUUCCUUUAGAAAAAUGUGGGUACAGCAAAAGCAUCAUUUCUUGCAGAAACCUUUACUAUUCUGAACCUUUGGAUGGUGGAUGCCCCUAGACUCAAGAGAGGCCAUCUAGUGAGAAAGGGAGACCUCACAAGCAGUUUGCUCAAUGUUCAGGGCACUUUCUUGAGCUACAGGAGAGCAGUCAGCUUUAAACCCCUGAUGUGCCUGACCCAGAAUAGUAGCCAGGAUCUGCCUGUCCCAGCUUACAGCCUGACCAAGGAGCAAGAGCAGCUUCCCACGCGUGAGGUCUCACUCUCCUCAGUUCAUGGUUUCUGUAGGUAGUCAAGCAGAGCAGAACGUGCCCACCAAGAGAGGAUAACUGGGAACAGGAGCUGGAGCACGGCUUCCUUGCAUCAGAGGGGAUGUGCAGACCAUGUGCCCCCUUUUAAGUCUUCAAUUUCCUGUAGCUAUUCCAGUUUGGACAAUUAAGUAUUUUUGUCCAAGGACAAGACUAGGUAGAGCAGGCUCUUAAACAGGCUCGUCCACAUCUCAGCUAAGGAUCUUCCUCGGUGGAGGCAUGUGUGUGUGUGUGUGUAAACGUGCACUCGUGUCUUCCUUCAGAUUGUGCAUUUCUUUAUGGAUCUGUUCAUGUUUCAGACGAUACCUUCCUAUGAAAUAUUUGUUUCAAUACAUGGUAAUUGAGUGGUGAAAAAGCAAAAAUGCCCAGCUAAAUGUAGUGACUGGUUGCCUUUGUAGAUCAAGCCAUUUUUAUUUGAGCCUUUAAAUAUAAAUAAUGACCUAGUAAUUAAGCAAGGCGAACAGUUUCCACUUCGGAGGCAUUUCUUGUAACAAACUGCCUGUGAACAAACAUCAAUCCUUAAUGAUCAAUGCCCUUCUCCUAGUUACUAGAUUUAUACUAGGAUGCUGUGGAAACAUUACCACCUCUUUCCAGAUAGUUCUCAGUUCUCUCUUCCAGAGAGUUUUGCUGACAGAGCAAAAAUAUUAGCGAUUAGUGGAUUUGGCCCUGUUACUCGUAAGUUGGUGAAUAUUCUUUUUAGCUCAAAAGAUUACCUCCAGAAUGUUUUUACUUGCAUGGUGGUAGUUUUGCUGCUGGGAAAUCUGCAUCCACACUGAAAAGACCCCAAAGAGAUGGUUGGGACUGGGAACCCUUCACAGGAAGCAUUUAGGAUUGGGCAUGAUAUGAAAAUUGCCUUUUGGUGGUGUGUAAACUGCUUUCCUCCCAGCUGAGCUUCCAGAUUAGGAGAAAGAGAGCCUAUAAAAGUUGCUAGUGAGGGAACGAGGGCUGUCCGUUUCCCAGCACCAUCAACCCUUCAGCACACACAGUCCUUGACAAGAAAAUGCACAGGGUUAUAAAAGAAGGAAAAGAGGCUCUCAUGAAGCCACACAAUUUGUUGACUAAAGAGUGAAAGUAUUUUUUCAAGGAGAAAAACACCCAAACAAGUGAUAUAGUACUUUUGAGAAGAUAAGAUGUAUUUUGAAGCUUUUUUCAGUUAUCUUCAUGAUAAUGUGCUAUGAACGUAUGCGUUAUGUUUUACUCUAUUACUGAUUUUUUGAUAUAGAAAAAAUCAUAUUGCAAGCAUUAUCGUUGUUAAUCUAAAAAAAAAAUACCCUGAGGCUAUUAUAUAUUUGAAUUUUAACUUAUAAAGUAGAUAGCCAGAUUUAAGCAAUUUGUUUUCACAGCUGCAGACUGUCCACGUGGUGAGCUGCAAAAUGUAUAGUGUUCUAUACUAUGCCCAUCUAAUUUUGGAAAAUGUAUGUGAUAUGAAGCUGGGUGCUACAUUAAAAUAAAAGCGUCCAAUAACUUCAAA